AUGCAUUCCAGGAUUAUGUUGCCAGCACUGCUGGCCGCCAUUCCUUACGCCUUCGCCCAGCAUGUCCAUUUCGAACCCCCAGAAGUUGCCUCAUACACCGAUUCUAUUCUCAGCGAAUACCACAUGUACACUGCCUACACCGGGCCAACCGCGGCCAUCUCAUCCUCCGCCUCCCAGCCGACCGCACUCCCCAAGGCCAGAAUCGUGGCAGAGGCAGCAGCUCCAUCAUGCGACUACUGGCUCGAGAACAUCCAGCACCAAGGCUACGCAGCCUUCAACCCGAACCCGAGCAACUACACCGUGUUCAGGAACGUCAAGGACUUCGGUGCAGCAGGAGAUGGUGUUACGGAUGACACCGCAGCGAUCCAGUCUGCCAUCUCGUCUGGUGGAAGAUGCGCGCCUGGAUCGUGUGCCUCGAGCACGACUACGCCGGCGGUGGUCUACUUUCCGGCUGGGACUUAUUUGAUCAGUGCUUCGAUCACGGACUACUACUACACUAUGAUGAUUGGAAACCCCAACUGCAUGCCGGUAAUCAAGGCGACGGCGGAUUUUGCUGCGCCACCAGGAAAUAUUGGGCUUAUUGACGGCGAUCCGUACGGUGCGAACGGGCUGCAGUAUGGGUCUACCAACGUCUUCUGGAGGCAGAUUCGCAACUUCAUCAUUGACAUGACUGCGAUCCCAGCCAGCAGUGCCGCCACCGGUAUCCAUUGGCCUACUGCACAAGCGACGAGCAUACAAAAUGUCAUCUUCGAGAUGAGCCAGGCAAAUGGUACACAGCACGUGGGCUUGUUUAUCGAGUCCGGCUCCGGGGGGUUCGUGAACGAUCUGGUGUUCAAUGGCGGACUGAACGGCUUGAACGUUGGUAACCAACAGUUCACCAUGCGCAACCUCACAUUCAACAACGCUGUCACUGCCAUCAACCAGCUCUGGGACUGGGGCUGGACGUACUACGGCAUCACCGUCAACAACUGCUCGGUCGGGUUGAACAUGUACUCAGGUGGACCCACCGCGCUUUCAGUUGGCAGCAUCACCUUCUUCGACAGCUCGUUCACGGAUGUCGGUAUUGCGUUCCGCACCGGAUACACCGCAAACUCACAGCCGCCGACCGCCAACUCUUUGAUCCUCGAAAACAUCAGCCUCAAGAGGACGCCUAUUGCAGUCCAAGGCGGCCGCAACACUACUGUACUAAAGGGCACCCCACGCAACACUUAUAUCUCGGCUUGGGGCGAAGGACAUUCUUACACACCCAACGGGCCGAACAUGUUCCAGGGCACCAUUGCACCAGCGCCAAGAACAGCUGGUCUGAUCGAUACGAGCGGUGCCUACUACCAGCGCUCCAAGCCGCAGUACGAGCAAUACGAUGUCUCCCAGUUCGUCAGCGCACGCAAGCAAGGCGCUAAAGGCGACGGCAUGACCGACGACACCAAGGCUUUGCAAAGGGCGAUCAACAACGCACACAAGAACAACAAAAUCCUCUUCGUUGACCACGGCGACUACCUGGUCACCAGAACAAUCUACAUCCCUCCCGGCUCCCGCAUUGUCGGCGAAGCGUACUCCGUCAUCCUUUCCUCCGGCAAUUUCUUCAACAACAUGAAUAAGCCGAAACCCGUCGUGCAAAUCGGCAAGCCAGGCGAUCUGGGAGUGAUCGAGUGGAGCGACAUGAUCGUGUCCACCAAAGGCCAGCAGCAAGGCGCCAUCCUCUUCGAAUACAACAUCAACUCCCCCUCUACCACUCCGACCGGCGUCUGGGACGUCCAUGCCCGCAUCGGCGGUUUCGCUGGCUCGGACUUGCAGCUGGCGCAAUGUCCGACGACCCCGGAUGUCACUGUUACGGCGCAGAAUCUUAUCGAGGAGUGUAUUUCUGGUUUCUUGACGGUGCAUAUCACGCCUUCGGCUGCGGGGAUUUAUCUGGAAAACAACUGGAUUUGGGUUGCUGACCACGAUGUUGAGGAUCCGCAAUUAAGGCAGAUCACGAUUUACUCCGGGAGAGGACUGUUGGAUGAGAGUAGAACGGGGCCCGUUUGGCUUGUUGGCACGGCUGUGGAGCAUCAUGUCAAGUAUGAGUAUCAGUUCACGAACACGCAAAACGUCUUCGCGGGACAGAUCCAGACCGAGACUGCAUACUACCAGCCCAACCCCAACGCCAAAAUCCCCUUCCCCUACGCCGCGCGCUUCUCCGAUCCCAAGUUCAGACAGGACUUUGUCACCGCCGACGGCUACACCAUCCCUGCUGCAGAUGGCUGGGGGCUGAGGAUUGUCGACUCGAGUAUCAUCAACAUCUACGGCGCCGGCUUGUACAGUUUCUUCAAUAACUAUAGCACGAGCUGCUCGGACCAGGGGAAUGGGGAGAGGUGUCAGGAUCGGAUCUUCAGUGUGGAGGGGGAUAGUCGCGCCAUCACCUUGUACAACGAGAACACCGUUGGGACGCAUUUCAUGAUCACGGUGGAUGGGGAGGACGUGGCGAGGUACGACGACAAUUUGGACGGUUUCGUGGAUACAAUCGCGCUGUUUAGGAGUGGUUGA